AUGGCAGCGUCAACACACGAUCAACAUCAUCGCAGUGGCGGGGUGGGGCUGGGAGCCCAGCCCACCAAGAAACUCCCGAUUCCAAAAAAGGGCAGGUUUGUUCGUUGUGCAAUGACAUCAAGGCUCCACUGUUUGCCUUUGGGAAAACAAACAUUUUUGCAUCUUGGAGGAUCGCUUGGUGAGCGUUGUGGCAGGGGUUGGCGGAAAACAUCACAUUUGCGGCUUCCAGAGGAGCAAACGGCCGGCGGUUGUCUUUUGGCGGGCGGGGUCUAG